CAACACAACAGAUCAGAAAUGAUGAGAUCAACAACAUUAGCAAUUGCAGUUACACUGCUGAUUGUUAUGUUGUCGGUGGCCACAACAAUCGAUGGCAAAAUGACAUUGUCACAGAUGCGCAAGAAUCGUGGUAGUGGUCAACAACGUGUAGAUGCUCAGGGACACCAGUUGUCUCAGUUGGAAUACUUGAAGCAGACUCGUGCUGCCAACCCCAUCACUCAGGUCAGAUCGACUCCACAGCAAUUCCAGGUCAACUCACUGCCAGGUCUUGACCCAAGCGUCAACAUCACUCACUAUGCUGGAUACCUUAACGUUGAUCAAGAGAACAACGGCAACCUAUUCUUCUGGUUCAUUCAAGCCAACGUCUCCAAUCCAAUGGACUAUCCAGUCUUGAUUUGGAUUAAUGGAGGUCCAGGAUGUAGUUCAAUGGAUGGUUUGUUCAUUGAGAAUGGUCCAUUCAGAGUUGUCUCAAACAAUCAAUCAUCAUCAGGUUACAAUGUGAACAUUAACCCAUCAUCAUGGCACAAUACCGCCAACAUGCUUUACAUUGAUGAGCCUGUUGGAACUGGAUUCUCUUACGUCCUUAAUGCAAAUGGAUAUGUUAGAAAUGAUAACGACUUGGAGGUUGACUUCUACAUGUUCUUGCAGGAGUUCUACAAGGUGUUUGUUGAUUUCCACCCAUUGCCUUUGUACAUGUCUGGCGAGUCUUAUGCCGGCCAUUACAUCCCCCACUAUGCCAACUACGUGUUGCAGAUGAACACUGCCAUUGCCAACCAGUCGUUGACCAACUUCUCGAUGAUCAAUCUCGCCGGUCUGGCCAUUGGCAACGGAUGGACUCAUCCGGUCACCCAGUACGACUCGUACUCUAAGCAAGCCUACGGCAUUGGCAUCAUCAGCCAGGACCAAUACAACGCCUACAAGCCACUCGUGUCUGCCUGUCAGGCACAGAUCAACAGAGGCAUCUACAACUCGAACGAGUGUAACGACGUGCUCGGCCAGCUGUCCGACGACAGUGGUACCGCCAACACAUCGCAGGUCAACGUCUAUGACUAUCGUUUGUACGAGUCAAACUCCUCCCCAGACUGGCCCCCAGGAUGCGACGACGAGGCACUCUACCUCAGCGACAGCAAGGUUCGCCUUGCCAUCCACGUCGACAAUGCAACCUACUCGGCACCAACUGAAUGGUCCGAGUGCAAUGAGACCUCAUCUCAGUUCCUGACCAACAUUGAUGAGUCCUCACUCCACCUCUUCCCCUACCUCUUGGCCAACCUCAGAGUGUUGGUCUACAACGGACAGUUCGAUAUCAUCUGCAACCACGUUGGCACUCAAGAGUACCUCAGCGCCAUGCAAUGGAAUGGAGCAGCACAGUGGGCCAACCAGGAGCGUUCAAUGUGGUUCGCCGAGAAGGACGGCAGUCUCCAGACUGCUGGAUACUUCAAGGGACCCGUCCAGAACCUGACAUUCAUGCUCGUGUUGGGAGGCUCGCACAUGGUGCCCAUGGAUGAGCCAGAGUUCUCCUUUGAGAUGAUCAGCAAGUUCGUCACUAACGUGGCCUACAACAGUUUGUUGCAGUCCAAUGGUACCAUCCCAAGGACCCAGAAGAUCAUCACAUCACCAAUAACCGAGACUGCUUGGAUUCUGAUCGUUGUCAGUGGUUUCAUUGCCGGUCUCAUCAUUGGAGUUGUCGCUGUCGUCCUUUACGUCAGAUCAAAAGAGAGCUACACCUACACCAGGAUC